AUAUAAUGAAAAUAAAACUAAAAAAUAGAUAGAACUAAAAUUAGAGAACUUUCAUUUUUCAUUCUUAAUAUCAUAAACUAUAUAUAUUUCUUGCUUUAGAAUAUAGUUUCUAUCUUUCUUUAAUCAAAUUUCAUGGACUGAAAUGUAAUUUUCAGAAAGAGAGAGAGGAUCCUAAGGCUUGGAUGAAAAUUUUAAGGCCCCUCUCAUUCCAAAGGCCCAAACUUCUUGUGAUGUUAAGCAGCUUUGAGCUGUGCUUCAACGGUUCAACCAACCACCUUUCCGUUUCUUGCCUCAACUUCUCUCUCUCUCUCUCUCUCUCUCUCUAUAUAUAUAUAUAUAUAUAUACAUAGAUGAAAAGGAAAGAUAAAGAAAAUCUACCCAUCUCUGAUUUUGGCAUACAAAAAGAAAUGUAUCUGAUUUACCCAAAAAACUACACAUCUCUGUCAACGAUUCUUUGCCUAAUUCUCAUUUUUUCACAAUGUCUAUCGUCAUCAUCAGGCCUCCAGCAGCCAACAGCAUAUGAAAUCCUCACUCUCUAUAACUUUCCAGUUGGGCUGCUCCCCAAGGGAGUCACUGGCUAUUAUCUUGACAAGACAACAGGUAAAUUUUCUGCAUUCUUGAAUGGUACUUGCAUCUUUUCUCUUGAAGGAUCUUAUCAGAUUAGAUACAAGUCAACCGUCAAAGGGCUCAUAUCUAGAGGCAAGCUUUCAAGAUUGGAGGGUGUUAGUGUGAAGUUGUUUUUCAUGUGGAUUGAUAUUGUUGAGGUUUCAAGAAAUGGGGAUUCUCUUGAUUUCUCUGUUGGAAUUGCUUCUGCUGGAUUUCCUAUUGAUAAUUUUGAGGAGUCUCCCCAAUGUGGGUGUGGUUUGAAAUGUGGAGAUCAGAGGAAAAUAAGCAAGUUUAGAUCAAACCCUUUUGUAUCUUCUUCAUAGGAACUGUUCUUGUUGGAAUUCUUGAUUGUGAAUCAUUGUUUGAUUGGGAUGAACUGAACUGAAUUCUUGUUGGAAUUA